GAAAAAUAUGCUCAAGCAUUUCUAUCUCAUUCGACAUAAGACAUAAGAAAAAAAAUCAUCUCUCAUAAAUUACUCUUUUUUCAUUUUCACUUUUUGAAGAACAAUGUUCCUCUACAUCAUACAGAUCUUCUUUUUUAUUUAUGCCAUUGUUUGUCACUUGUACAACAAGAUUCUAAAUUUCCCACCAACUCUUUUUCCAACUCUUCCAAUUAUUGGCCACAUUUACCUACUUAAAAAUCCUAGUUGCCUUCACAGAACUCUCACUAAGCUAUCCAAGUUAUAUGGUCCAAUAUUUCACCUCAAUUUUGGCAACUAUCCAGUUCUCGUCAUCUCAUCCCCAUCUAUAAUUGAAGAAUGCCUAAAACAAAAGGAUGUCAUCUUCGCAAAUCGGCCUCUCGGGACCACAAGUGGUAAAAUUAUAGCUUACAACUACACUACCCUUGCAACAUCACCCUAUAAUGGGCACUGGCGAAACCUUCGUCGAAUCUCACAUGAAAUUCUAACAACUAAUCGUCUUAAUGCAUUUUCCUAUGUACGUGUUGACGAGGUUUCGUUGCUUGUUUUCCAACUCUUACGCCUUGGAGAACAGCAAGACAAGACCCAUGCAUUGAACAUGAGAUUAUUAUUCAAGGAGGUAACCCUAAACUCUUUGAUGAGAAUGAUUGUUGGAAAACGUUACUAUGAAGAUUGCAUUGUGUCAUCAAAAGAUUCAGAAGAGGCUGAGAUGUUUAGAGGAAUGAUAACGGAGUCUUUAAGGUCGGCCUCAUACGUGCUAGUUAGUGAUUUUGUCCCUAUAUUGAAGAUGUUUGGUUUUGAAAAGAAACUUCACAAGAAAAUGAUUGAGUUGCGGAAUAAUAGAGAUAGGUUUAUGCAAAUUCUUAUAAACCAACAUAAAACAACCCCAAAAACCGAUUGCUCUAGUAACUCUAAUGAGAGCAAGAACAAUGUAAAGAGUAUGAUUGAAGUAUUAAUGGCCUUACAAGAGUCAGAACCCGAGUACUACAAAGAUGAGAUUAUCAAAGGUCUUCUACUGGAUUUAUUGGCUGCAGGAACAGAAACUUCAACGACAACUAUGGAAAUCGCCUUAUCUUUCUUAUUGAAUCAUCCUGAAGCAAUGGAGAAGGCACAUAUGGAGUUGGUCAAUAUUAUUGGAAAUGAUCGUUUGGUGAAUGAGUCUGAUUUGGCUAAGCUUCCUUAUCUUCAUGCAAUCAUCAAAGAAACAUUACGAUUACUUCCGCCUGGGCCAGUGAUCGUACACGCAUCAUCAGAUGAAACAACCAUUAGUGGACACAGGGUACCAGCUGGUUCUAUGGUACUUUUUAACAUGUGGGCCAUUCAUAGAGAUCCAAUGAUUUGGGCUGAGCCAGAUAAGUUCAUGCCUGAGAGAUUUUUGGAAAAUGAAGGGCUAGGGGAAGGGUUUACAUUGCUACCAUUUGGGUAUGGAAGGAGGGUCUGCCCUGGUGAGAACUUAGCUUGGCGUAUGAUGGGACUAACUUUAGCAACCAUUAUUCAGUGUUUUGAAUGGGAAAGAAUGAGCCAUAAAAUGGUUGAUAUGAGUGAACAUGUGAGAGGACUUAGUUUGUCCUUGACUAAUCCACUUCAAGCUAAGUGUCGACCACGUUCCACCAUGAUCAAAGUUAUUUCUCAAAUAUGAAA